UUCUAGCACCAACAACCUUACUAACAUACACAACAAAGCAACUGUUUCCUACAUAUUCAACUAGAGUACUUUAAAAAUGGCAAAGAUGGCAAUGAUGGUUUUAUGUGCAGUAGUGACUUGCAUGGUGGUGGCAGCACCCUAUGCCGAGGCUCUUAGCUGCGGUCAGGUAUCCAGCAGCUUAGCACCAUGCAUUGGCUACUUAACCAAAGGUGGUGUUGUGCCACCGGCAUGCUGCAGUGGGGUAAAAUCACUCAAUAGCGCUGCAAAAACAACCCCUGAUCGCCAAGCUGCAUGUGGUUGCUUAAAGAGUGCUUACUCUUCCAUCUCCGGCAUCAAUUCAGGCAAUGCAGCCAGCCUCCCGGGCAAGUGUGGUGUCAACAUCCCUUACAAGAUCAGCCCAGGCACUCGCACUGAUUGCUCCAAGUAUGUUCAAACUUUAAAUAUUAUGUGGUUCUAUUUAAACUUCUUUUUAGAGAUAACUGCUAUUUUCGUCUCUGGUGCAGUGAGGAAAUAUGGGGAUGUAUUGGUUGUUUAA